AUGCAUCCCUCUCAGAAUAUCCCGCCGCCUCUCCAUUUGUCGCCGAAUUCUUAUCCAGACAUGGCGAGUCCGGCGUUGAGUUAUGAGGGGCCACUGUAUACGCCGUUACUUCCUGCGGGACUGCUGUUGGGAUCACCGUUUCAGCCGCCUACGCCCGGGUUUUUGGGAGGAUGGUUGCCGAUGAGUCCGGGGUUGGUGCAGGGUGGUCCGCUUGGCCAGGAGAUUGAUACUGGCAGUCGAACGAUUUACCUUGGUAACCUUCCGAGAGACAUCCCGCUGUCGGAUAUCCUUUCGCAUAUCCACCCCCCUGCAGCUCUCGAAUCCAUCCGCUUCCUCCCCGAAAAGUCAUGUUUGUUCCUUUCAUUCGCAAACCCCCUCCACGCCCUACACUUCCAUACUAACCUCCGCUCAAACCCUCUCGUCAUCCGCGGGCAAGAAGUUAAGAUCGGAUGGGGCCGAUCUUCGCAGCUCUCGGCCACCUUGCAGAGUCAGAUCGAAGCAGGCGCCACCCGCUGUGUCUUCCUAGGCGGCUUGGAAGAAGGUGAAGGCGAAGAUGAGAUCAGGGAAGAACUCGGACGAUUCGGACAAGUCGAGCACGUCCGCAUCAUUACCGAAAAAGGCAUCGGCUUCGUUCAUUUCUUGAGUGUGGCGACGGCUGUGAGGUGUGUACAGUUACUCCCUGUCGAGGGCAAAUGGACUGGGAGACGUAUUGGAUUUGGAAGGGAUCGAUGUGCGUUUGUGCAGAAGACCGCCGGUUUCGCGGAACACCAGCAGCCUUUGAUGGCCGGGACGAAUUACGGUCUUGGAACGUAUAUCCCGACGCCUGCGACGAACAGUUCCUUCGAUACGACGCCUCUUGCCUCAUCUAUCACCACCAACACUACCGCGACCAACACCUCCGCUGAUCCACUCGGUCUCUCCAACCUCCUCGGCGCCGUCAACGCAACUUCCCUCACCACAAUGGGUUCCCAAUCCCAAGGUAACAGAACUGUCUACCUGGGCCACAUCCCUCCCAGCACCGAGUUAUACGAGAUCUUGAACGUGGUUAGAGGUGGUAUUUUGGAGAACGUGAGGUACUUGCCCGAGAAGCAUAUCUGUUUUUUGACAUUCGUUGAGCCUGCCGGCGCAGCGAACUUUUACGCCAAUGCGACGUCGAAGGGAAGGAGUGGUGGAUCAGGCGGGUUGGUCGUUAGGAACAAGAGGUUGAGGAUCGGAUGGGGUAAAUACUCCGGCCCACUCACGGCCGGAGUUGCGUUGGCUGUCGCAGCUGGCGCUACGAGGAAUGUUUAUGUUGGAAACCUCGAAUUUGACGAAAACCCCGAGAUGAACGAGGAAACAAUUUCCCGCCUUCGCGCCGAUUUCGAGGAAUUUGGAGAGAUUGAAUUGGUGAACUCACUCCCCGAGAAGAGCUGCGCGUGGGUUAAUUUCACGAGUAUCCUCAACGCAUGGAGAGCGGUCGAGGGAAUCCGUGGCCGUGAUACGUAUCGGAGACAACGUGUCUCAUUCGGUAAAGAUCGCUGUGGAAAUGCGCCACGUCAACAGCGUGGAGGGGGUGAAGGCGAUUCGGGGAUGGGUGGGUCAGGCGAAGGUGAUUCGCAGGGUAUGGAAGAUAGUUGGGCCUCUUUCGCUCAGCAGCAACAAUUGGGGAACGGUGCGUUCGCUGCUGGUGGGUUAGGGAUUCCUACGAUGCAGAGUCUCGAGACUGGCUUGUACGGAUUGGCGAUUGGUGGAGCGGAGGAAAUUGAUGAGGCGUUGAAUGGCCAUGCGAGGGAGUAG